AUUCCAACCGUUGAUCCAGUAAGGUCCAGAAAAUACACGAAUCAGCCAUGAAAAAUUUGUGCAUUGUUCUAACAGUGCUCUGCUUGAUUAGUUCGAGCAUCGCACAACAAUGUUCUCCACCGCCGAAUACGAAAAAUCCCAAAGAAUGUUGCGCCGUUCCGAACAUCAUGCCAUCUAAGGAGCAAUUUUCGACUUGCAUACAGAAGUUCCCACCCCCAUCGGGACCUCCACCAACUCCGGGAAGCCUACCACCGAAUGCGAAUUGCAUCGCCGAAUGUAUCCUCACCCAGCAGGGCGCAAUUUCUAACGGAGCCAUCAGCAAGGAUGCGGCCAUUUCCCAAAUCGUAGCAGUGGUUGGAUCUUCGUCUGAUUGGCAGGCACUUGCCAAGUCAGCGGUAGAGAAAUGCUAUUCCCAGGUUUCCUCGCUGGGAACUCAAAAGGACAGCAACGGAUGUAGUUCUGCUGCGGGACCAUUUGUGGAAUGUCUUCCAACUGAGAUGUUCAAGAAUUGUCCUGCCGCUUCCUGGACUGCCGGUGCCGAAUGUGAUCAACUGAAAGCACAUCUGGCUAAAGGAUGUUCGAUCAUGAGCCUGAUGCCACCUCCCCAUCCACACUAGGGUGUACCACGGAAACACAACUCGAGAUGAUCUAAAUCGGCUAAUGAGAUAUCUGUUGUUCUAUGCACUGGACCGAGUUUCUCCACAAUUACUGCGAGAAGCCGUAGCAUAUUAUUCGAUCACUGAUUUUUUGUUUGUAUUAAUGAAUUAAGCUCUAAUGUAAAAAUAAUGUUCCGCUUCCACCAGUUUUGUUUAAUUUAUGCAAUAAUAAUCUUUAUAUUUAGAUCAAAUAUAUGUAGAAUACUUUGAUCAA